AUGGCUACAAGUAAAGGUGGCUCGAGUUCAGAUUUGCUUUUAAACGUUACUGAAAAUAAAGAAUUACCAGAAUCAACUGCUGAUGAGGGUAAAUUGCGUCCAAAAUGUCAGAUAAAACUGACUGAAAAAGGUAAAGGAUACCAAAUUGAACUAUUGCAACGGAAUAGAUCUAUAGCCCAUGGAAAAUUAUUGGUAAAUAUUAAGGGGGUGAAUGGUAUGCUAAAUGACGGUGCUAGCAUUGAAAAACUGGAGCAAGCCAGAGAUGCUUUAGACCUUGAAAUGGAAAAUUUUGGUGAAGCACACAGCAAGUAUAAUUGUAUGUUGUCAUCCCAGAAGACAAAGAUCAAUCCUACCAAUGGUUUGACACUAGAAAUAGAGAAUACUAUCGAUGUAGACUUAAGGUAUGUGAGCGGAUUCAUGCUUUAGAGAGAGAGUUAUACAGUAAACCGAACAGUAUUAGAUCAAGUAUGCGGUCUAAGUCAUCAAGUUCCUCUCCCCAUUCGAGAAGGGUAAAAGCAGUAGAAACCGCAGCAAAGCUGGAAGUAGAGAUGAAGUUUCUUGAUCAGGAAACUGAACUUAAAAGGCUUCAGAUACUGAAGCAAAUUGAAAUGGCAAAUGCAGAGGAGAGGGCAAUGUUAAAAAUUCAAGAAGAGGAAGUGGCAAUACCUUCCUAUGAUGAUAUAAAUAAGAACAUAGAUAAAGUAGUUCCUGGUAACUUUUCAAGCGAUUUAAGUAAGAAGACUAGUGAACAAAUGCCAAUUACAAGUACAAGUACAGGCAAGAAGCAAGAGCAUACAAGCCAUCUAGACCCAGAUGCCCCACCCUUUCACAUUGAUGCAACCCCCCAAAAAUAGUUCAUGAUUCAACUUCAGAAACAUGCCCAGUCACCAAUAAUCAAGUGGAACAAUCUGAAGCGACUUCACCAUUAACCAGUACCCAUCUUAGUGACGUCACCCUACAAGAAAUGAUUAAACUUCAAAUCAAGCAAACUGAAUUAAGUGCUAUGAUUGCAGAGCAACAACGAAUGCAAUCUUUGCCAGUACAGGAACCACCAACGUUCAAUGGGAACUCCUUUGAUUACCCUGUCUUCAUGCGAGCUUUUGAAACUAUUAUUGAAAAUAAAGUUCCCGGUGAUAAAGAAAGGCUGUACUUUCUAAACAAGUACACUAUCGGAAAGGCGAAUGAAAUAAUUAAGGCAUAUGUGACAUUAAAUUCUGAUAAUGGUUAUUAGGAAGCCAAGAAGAUCCUCUCAAAGCGUUUCGGGGAUCCUUAUCUCGUGUCUGAAGCUUAUAAAUCAAAAUUGAAAGCCUGGGCACCAGUAAAUGAAGGUGAUAGUAAAGGCCUGCAAGAACUGUCUGACUUCCUGUUACGUUGCGAAGAAGAUAUGAAAACAAUGAAGUUUAUGGAUGAUCUAAACUGUACUGAAACCUUGAAACAGAUUAGCGCGAAGCUUCCAUCUUAUUCCGGGAUGAAAUGGUGUCGUCAUGCUUUCGAGCUUAGAAAAAAGACAAGCGCGUUGGUUCAAUUCCAUGACUUGGUUUUGUUCGUACGAGACGAGGCUGAACUUGCAACUGACCCUGCCUUUUCUCCCUGUGCACUUAAGGAGAAGCGUAAAAGGGAAAGCAAGAAAGAGGAAAGAACAAGACCAGUGAAGAAACCAUUAGCUGGUGGUAACAGCCUUGUGACCUAUGGUAAGGAGAAGAGUCAAGAUGUUGAAACAAAGAAUAGACAAAAGAAAGACUGCCCUUGUUGCUCAGAAGAUCACUAUCUUAACGGCUGUCCCAAAUUCUUGAAAAUGGACAUAAUGAAAGAAAGGAUCUCGUGAAGACGCUAAGAUUAUGUUUUAGCUGUUUGGGUCGUGGACACUUGUCUAAGAAUUGUAAGCGUAAGCUAACGUGCAAGGAAUGCAAGAAACCCCACCCGACAUCUUUGCAUUACCCGCCAAAGGAGAAGCAACCGGAAGAGACAAAGGAGUCAAAAGAUGAGAGUAAAGAUGCAAACAGUUGUGCUAGUGUUUCCCAGUUUUCAAAGAAUUGUGAAGAUAUCACCAACUGUAUGAUUCUACCAGUUCUUUUACACCACAAGGACAAUCCAGACCGUGAAAUUAUGUGAUACAACGCAAGUGAUACAACCUUCGUCGCAGAGAAAGUUCUUGAAGACCUUGGAAUCACAGGAAUUGAAGUUAAGCUUAACCUCUUCACAAUGCUCGGAAAAGAAGAAAUUCCUACACAAAGAGUUAAUGGUCUCGUAGUAAGGCGCGUUGACAAAAAGGUUGAUAUCCCACUUCCAAAGGCGUAUUCGAAGGAGAGGAUUCCCUUCCGACGAAACCAAAUACCUACAUCAGAAGCCUCAGAAGCCCCUGCUGGCAAGAUUCAUCCCUAUCAACCAGAUAUUGAUGCCGGAAUUUUGAUUGGAUGUAACUGUCCGAGAGCACUCAAACCUCGAGAAGUGAUCCUGGGAAAGGGAGAUGACCCGUACGCCAUUAGAACACUUUUGGGAUGGGGAAUAAUAGGUCCCGUUAGUGAACCAAUCAGUCAUGAUGAAAACGAAGAUCUCGCAACCUGCAACAGGAUCGUCACAAGAGAAAUUUCCGACGCAGGAAACGCAAAACAUGCUUUCGUUGUGAAUACCAGAAGCAAAGAAGUUAUAACCCCCCUGGCUGUACAGAAAAUGUUCGAAGCUGACUUUUCCGAACGUAGCAUUGGAGAACAGGGACUGUCCAAAGAAGAUCGAAGAUUUAUGAAGAUAGCAGAAGAUGGUGUUGGUCAUUGUGACGAUGGACACUACGAGAUGCCACUACCUCUGAAACAGCCAAAUCCCGAAUUGCCCAAUAAUCGCCAGUUAGCUAUGCGUCGUCUAAACCAGCUGAAAUAAAGGUUUUCGAAGGAUGCACGAUACAAAGAGGACUAUGUGAAAUUUAUGAACGACAUGAUUGCGAAGGGAUACGCUGAACAAGCUGCCCCAGUAAAUGCAAAAGGUGACAAGAAAAUCUGGUUUAUCCCCCACCAUGGAAUAUACCAUCCGAAGAAGCCUCAGAAAAUACGUGUUGUCUUCGAUUGUUCGGCAGAGUUCGAAGGUCAGUCGCUGAAUCGGAAUUUGUUACAAGGUCCUGAUCUGACAAAUAAUUUGGUGGGAGUACUCGGUAGAUUCAGAAAGGAGCCAGUUGCAGUGAUGUGCGACAUUGAGUCAAUGUUCUGUCAAGUGAGAGUAGCUGAACAACAUCGCGACUUAUUACGCUUUCCAUGGUGGAAGAACGGUGACUUCUCGAAAGAGCCUGAGGAAUUUAGAGUGACAGUGCAUUUUUUCGGUGCUGCUUCGUCUCCCGCCUGCGCAAACUUUGCACUUAAGCGCACGGCACAAGACAACGAAGAAGGCGUAGGCUUGGAACCAGCGAACUUUCUUCGUAGAGACUUUUAUGUGGACGAUGGCUUGAAGUCUCUACCAACUGUCGCAGAAGCAGUGAAUUUGAUACAUGGAACCAAAGAAAUGUGCAAACGUGGAGGCUUCAAUUUGAACAAAUUUGCUUCAAACGAGAAAGAAGUGAUUGAUUCAAUCCCGGUGGAAGAUAGAGCAGAGGGAAUCAAAGAAAUUGAUUUGGAUUGCGAUCCCUUGCCAGUUGAACACGCUCUUGGAGUACAGUGGUGCAUCGAAAGUGACGUGUUUCAAUUCAGAAUAACGCUGAAGGAUCGUCCGUGUACUAGAAGAGGGAUACUGUCGACAAUCAGUUCAGUUUAUGAUCCCUUAGGAUUCCCGGCUCCAGUGCUUCUUGAAGGAAAAUGUUUGCUGCAAAUGCUUUGCAAAGACAAAGUAGAUUGGGACGACCCUGUUCCUGACCACGUGAGAUCUAGAUGGAAGAAAUGGAUUUCAGAACUUCUUCAUGUCGAAAGCUUAUCAGUACCACGAUGUUACAAGCCCACGAGUUUUGGUAAUAUUACCAAUGUCCAGUUGCAUCAUUUCUCGGAUGCGAGCAAUCGGGGAUGCGGUCAAUGUUCAUAUCUAAGGUUGGAGAAUGAUAAAGGCGAUGUCAACUGUGCCUUCGUGAUGGGCAAAGCUAGAGUGACUCCACUUAAACCUGUGACGAUACCGAGACUUGAGUUAACAGCGGCGGUAGUGUCGGUCAAAGUCAGUGAACAGUUACAGACAGAGCUAGAGUAUGAAGAAAUGGUGGAAGACUUCUGGACCGACAGCAAAGUUGUACUCGGGUACAUAGCAAAUGAAUCAAAGCGAUUCCAUGUAUUUGUAGCAAACAGGGUUCAACAGAUCCAAGAGAAAACAAUUCGAGAACAAUGGCAUUAUGUUGACACAAAGUCUAACCCUGCAGACGAUGCAUCCCGUGGUAUUCGAAUGCAAGACCUUGUUGAUGAUUCUCGUUGGAUAAAUGGCCCUGCGUUUCUGUGGAAAGAUGAGUCGCAUUGGCCGACAGCGGGCAGCGAGAGAGAGAAGGGUUGUGAAAUUGCUCCAGACGAUCCAGAAAUCAAGAAAGCUGUAUCACUUGUCACCGAAACCAAAGUAUCCUAUCCCAGCUUUCUCAGUCGAUUACAAUAUUUUUCCAAUUGGUAUAGAGCAAAGGCAGCCGCACGUUAUCUACAUCAAGUGAAGCAACGAGCAGGCAAAGGUCGGUUGAAAGAGAAUAUAAAUUCCUCACCUUACACAGGCUGAAGUGUUGAUCAUAAAAGCGGUACAGUCUGAGGAAUUUGGAAAGGAAAUCGAGAUACUGACCUCCCUCAAAACGGAACAACAUCCGAGUAAGAGUACCAAAAGAAACAUUCAACUUAAUAAAACGAGUUCCCUUUAUAAGCUUGAUCCAUUUGUGGACGAUAACGGUAUUCUUCGAGUUGGUGGUCGUUUACGAAGAGCCAAUCUAAGCGAGAAUCAUAAGUUUCCCAUCAUACUUCCUAAGAACAAUCCCGUGAGCAACUUGAUUGUCCGAGAUUUCCAUGAGAGAGUAAAGCAUCAAGGUAGAGGUAUAACCCUUAACGAAAUCAGAUCCAAUGGUUACUGGAUUAUUCAAGGAACAGCAGCUGUUUCCAAGUGUAUAGCAGGUUGCACAGUAUGUCGUAAGCUUCGAGGAACUACACAAGGACAGAAGAUGGCAGACCUGCCAAUUGAUCGAGUGGAACCCUCGCCUCCGUUCACGUAUGCAGCAGUGGACUACUUUGGUCCUUGGAUCAUUAAAGAAAAAAGAAAGGAAUUAAAGAGAUAUGGUGUCCUUUUUACCUGUUUGGCGUCAAGAGCUGUACACCUAGAAAUUGCACACAGUCUUAGCACAGAUUCAUUCAUUAAUGCUCUUCGUCGCUUUGUUUGUCGAAGAAGUCCAGUACGGCAAUUGAGAAGCGAUCAGGGAACCAACUUCGUUGGUGCGAAAGGAGAACUUAAAGACGCCAUAUCCGAACUUGAUCAUGAGAAGAUUAGUUCAGAAAUGCUCAAGCACCAUUGCGACUGGGUAGUAUUCAAGAUGAAUGUCCCAAGUGCUAGCCACAUGGGUGGCAGUUGGGAAAGACUAGAAUAGUUAUUUUUUCCCUCGCCUUCCCUUUUCCCCUUGCACGCGUCCACCUUUGGUACUGAUCUAUAUAUAUAUAUAUAUAUAUGUAUAUAUAUAUGUAUAUAUAUAUAUAUAUGUAUAUGUAUAUAUAUAUGUAUAUGUAUAUAUAUAUAUAUAUAUAUAUAUAUAUAUAUAUAUAUAUAUAUAUAUAUAUAUAUAUAUAUAUAUAUAUAUAUAUAUAUAUAUAUAUAUAUAUAUAUAUAUAUAUAUAUAUAUAUAUAUAUAUAUAUAUAUAUAUAUAUAUGGAUAUACCUAUUCGUCCCUAUAAAAUUGAAAUUCAAAUAACGACUGGCGACGAGUCUGGGAAAAUCAUAAUUGUACUCAGUGAUUGUACUGCAAUACAAUUAAUGAAAUAAUUGUACUCCUCUCAACCAAUCAGCAUCCAGUAAUUUUAUCAUGCUAAUAAUAAAUAAUGUAAUCUACAAUUUUCUCCAUAUAACUUCGAACUCAACUUUUUGUGAUAGCAUACUAUCUUCACACUGCCAUAUGGCUGGUAUUUUGGGUGUAAAACCGGUGUCACAGGAAUUUCCCGGGAAUUGUCAGGACAGGUGUCUAAAUCGGAAAAAAACAUUUUUCUUCUCCUGCCUACACGCGUAAAAAAGCUUUAGUUUUGCAGAGUUAAAUUCUCAAACGUGUAAGGCAAUAAUAAGAUGAAAGUAUCACGAAAUUAUUUGAAUAAACCACAUCGCAUAUAUGGGGGGCGAAUGUCCUAAAAAGGGGCGAUAUUCCUAGGGUAUUCGCCCCACCCCCUGGGAGGCGAUAUUCCUAGGAUAUUCGCCCCCGGGGGCGAUAAUAUCGCCACGUUUUGAGGGGGGGGGGGCGAAUUUCCUGGGGGGGCGACCUUUUAAAAAUUCUAUCUUGCCCCCCCCAAAAUUUGAGUUUGCCCCUCAAAUGCCCCCCCAAAUUUGGAAGCCUGGCGCCGCCACUGAGUACAGUACAGUACAGUACAGUACAGUACAGUAGGCUCAGCGUUUUUGGCCGUGUAGAAUUGAACAAACUAACUGAACAAACUAAAAAACAAAACAAUAUCGACAUCAUGCCACGUCAAAUUUGAGCACCACACUCUCGUAAAAAGCGCACAUGUUCUGGUGUUAAAUAAUAUGGCAGACAAUUUGGUACAGUUACGCAGGCAGGGUUAAAAUAUGGCUGCUUCAUCUUGAGGCAACUCAAAUUUACAUGGAAAUAUGCAUUUUGUUCUUUGAACAUCAACUGUCCAUCAGGAGUAUUAGGGUUAGGAAAACCUCUAUUCAUACGUGUAAUAAUCGUCAAAUCAUACGGUGGACUUGCGAUAAUCCCGCCGAGUUUUAACGAUUGGGAACACCCAAAACAGGUGAGAACUAAAGGAGGACAACACUGCAAAAGACUAAGAACAAAUGUCCGAGGUGCAUAAACUGGCUGUUGCAUUGACGUCAUAUAACGUAGAAGAAACUAUCCUAACAUAAAACUAAACCCUAACCCUAAUACUAACCCUUACCCAGUAACCCUAACCUAACCCUAACCUAAACCCUAACCUAACCCCAACUUAUUUUAAAAAUUGAUAUAAAAACGGAAACCUUAUUUUGAAGUAUACUAUCUAGCAAUUGCCGUUCGCUGAUGGUCUAGCAAACAACGAAUUUAUCCCCAUUUCAGCGUUUUACCCCCAUUUCAGCGUUUUACCCCCAUUUCAGCGUUUUAUCCCCAUUUCAGCGUUUUAUCCCCAUUUCAGUUUCCGCUUUCCGUUUCCGCGAUUCAGUUUCAGCGUUUUAUCCCUACCCACAUUCGGUGUUGAUAUACAGUUAUAUCAACACGAGUGGGAAUUAAUUGGGAAAACGAGAAAUUGUGUGGAAUCACGAAGCCCGAAGGGCGGAGUGUUUUCACACAAUUUCGAGUUUUCCAAAUUUAAUUUCCAUGAGUGUUGAUAUAACUUUGAAAAACACAAAGAAAAAUCAUAAGCGUGUCGUACUUUAUAUGUGAUAAAAAAACAUGUUAAUUUACAUAAACUUUAGCUUUGAUUUUCUCGGUUUAGACAAAGAACCAAGAAUUUAAGAUGAUAAGAACCAAGAAUUUAAGAAAAUAUUUUAUUUAGACCCCCUUUAAAUAAGAACCUGUUCAGGCUAGAACUUCAAAACUGAUUCUUAUAUUAUCAAAUAUAGAGUCAAAAUUAAGUCAUAAGUUAGUAAAGUUACAAUCAGUGUAUAGCUUUAAGUGCAUAUAGGGUUGGUAUCGAUAAUGCAUAUACUGUCAUUUUUUAGAAGAAAAAGAAAUAAGUGCAUAUAGGGUUGGUAUCGAUAAUGCAUAUACUGUCAUUUUUUAAAGAAAAUUAGAAACUAUUUAAGUACCUGUUUAGCCUAAUUUCCUGGUAAGCAUGCACCAUUUAUAUAAGAAUCUGUUUUUAGCCUAACUUGGAAAAUCUAGGUUCUUAUAUGGGGAUUUCCUGUAUUGUAUAUUGUGUUGUACAUACGUUAUACUGAGAACAUUUCAAAAACUCUCUUGAACGAUUUGAACAAAAAACAGACCUGCAUUCUUUUCACUCCAAGAACUUCAUCCUUCAGCUCAUCAAGAACGUUAGACAACGCCACUGGUUCCAAAAAUGCAUCUGUUCUUCUUUUGUUAAGCAGUAUUAAGAACACGAAAAUCCGUAACAUAACUGGCUUCUGGAUAAUAUCUCAAGACGUUGUAUUGACCAUAAGAAAGCUUUUACAGCUUUUUGUUUAACAGAACUUUACAAUAGCAGAGUGAGGCAACUCUAAAGAAAGUCACGAUGCACGAAAAUGAGAGCUCCCUACAGAUUUGUCUAAUUUAAAUUACAAUAGGCCAGGUUUUCUCUAUAAUAUUUGAUCAGAUUAAAGACACAAAUAGAAACUAAGAAAUUUUAAUUGCCUGAAAAACAAAAUGAUGGCAUGAAAGGCGGAAUGACUCUGCGGAAUGGCAUGCGGAAAUACGUAAUGGCAUGCGGAAUGAGUUGCAGAAUAACAAAUUACAAUCAAGUAUAGAACAGAGGGGACUUUUCAUCGAGUAGAUCAUCGUGUUAUCAAGUCAAGGAUAAUGACAUACUUUAACAUAAAAGAGUAAUGAUAAAGGGUAGAUUUUGAAUAAAAUACGAAUAUCUGUACUGGUGAUAUCUAUACUGAUGAUAAAGGGUAGAUUUUGAAUAAAAUACGAAUAUCUGCAUACAAGAUCUGACCGUUACUAUGAAGCACUCGAUACUUUCUCCAACAACAUAUUGCGCUUAAUUUUUUACAAAAUUAAAAAUAUUCACAAAUUAAAAAUAUGAAAAUGUAGCUUGCAUUACAAAGAAAUGUUGGCUUACCUAAGUUAUACCUUACACGUCGAUUAAAGCCAAGUAAAGCCUUUUCAAAGACGCGUUAAACUACACUAGAGGCCACAUGGCGGUAGAGAACUCGACGAAGUAUUCAGGAUAUUUCAUGCUGCAUAGCCAGUUUAAACGCUGCUGUGUACUAUUCCUGUGAAUUAUGAUGCCUAACACACCGGCAUAGUACAAAACAUGGACUGGACCAAUGGACUGGACCCAAAAUUGGACUCAAAAUUGGACCAAAAUUUGACUCAAAAUUUUAGCCAAAAUUUGACUCAAAAUUUUAGUAUAACAAGUAUAACAGUCUCAAAAGUGGAUAGGUAUUCUAUAAUCUAGCCCAAAUGACUUUCUUAUACUGUAUAAAGCCCCGCACAGACGAGCAUUUUUUCCUUGACAAGUUUUAUUGCUUGUCUGUGCGGGGCUUUAGGGGGGGGGGGGGGGAAAGGGGGGGGUGAAUAGUAUACAAAUCCGCCCAAAUUUGAAGCAAAAUCCGCGAUCCAACAAUGGUCUUGUCUAAAUUUGAAUCCGAAGCUCUACUAGCUAUCGGAAGUCACAAUCCAGGAUCCGAACUAAAUUGCAAGCUAAAUCCACAAUCCGAGCCAAAAUGUUAGAUAAAUCCGCAUUCCGCUGUAUUAAUAAGAUCCGCAAAUCCAUAUAAAAUAUUCGCCAGAUCCGAAAUCCGAACAAUUUUUUCUGUGAAAUCCGACGAUCCGAAAACCUAUUCACCCCCCCCCCCCCUUUAGGGAGACAACUCACUUAACGAGAUCACGCCGUAUGGUAGAAUUUAUAGUAAAACAUUUCAUGCGUUUUAUGUGGACAAACGGGUUGGCCUGCUUGACGAGAUCUCGCGUGAAAUGGGCAGUGAAAUAAAAUGUUGAUUACUUCUGAUAAACUUCGAUAAAUGUUGAUUACUUUCUUGAUAAACUUCGAUCAGAACUUCAAAACAUACAGAUUACAAAAAAGCACAUUGUGCCAUCACGCAGGAAUUAUGAUAUUGGGUGAUUUUAAUCAUUUUGACUACAAAACAUUAUGCCGCCAUUCCUUCUUGAAACAAACUGUUAAGAAACCUACCAGGCAAUCAGCCAUUUUAGAUUUGAUCUUAACCAAUAUGCACAAGUGGUACAACGAACCUGAAAUCUUACCAGCAAUUGGCUUGUCUGACCACCUGUCCGUUCUUGCUACUCCUGCUGUUCAAGCUAAACUACCCAAUAAUAUUAUUAAGAAAACAGUACGUAAAACAAAACCGUCUAGCAUAACAUCACUUGGAAAAUUCGUCAAGUCAUUGGACUGGAGUCACCUUUACCGCUUACCUUCUUGCCAAGAUAAAUGCGACCUUUCCUACAACCUACUUAUGUUAGGACUAGAUACCUUCCUGCCAAAGAAAAAGGUUAAAGUUCAUUGUAGGGAUAAACCAUGGAUCACUCCGGAUUUAAAAAAGCUUAUAUCAGACAGACAACAUGCAUUAGCUGCAGGAAAUCGUAAUUUGUAUAAUCAAUGUAGAAAUGAUGUCCGCAGAGCAAUAAAACAAGCAAAACCUUCCUAUUUUCAAACUCAGGUUAAACAUCUUAAGAGAGGAUGUCCACAAAAAUCAAACAUAAGGCGGCCACGACGGAAAAAUCGAUUUUGCUCAAAUUUUGCCCAGAUAUACCUUAUUAUAUCGGAAAAUGCACCAUAUAUUUUUUUAGGUCAAAUGCUUUUUUAACUUUGAGAAAAUGCCGCUUUAACACGACCACCCUAAAUCGCCAUUUUGUCUGGGAAAAUAUGCGCUGAUUUUACCGACAAAUUUCACGACGACAACCGUUUCUAAUCGAUCUAAAACCCUAAAAAUCUUGUUUUCGGUUAUUCAAAGGACCGGGUACGUGACUUACAGGAAAUCUGAGUUACUUUUAGGAAUAGAAAUAAUCGUAGUUUUGGAGCACACUAUCUUACCUCAUUUACGAUACCCUCUUAACAGAACCGAUUUUCACCAUGGGAUAAAGCUCCAAAUCGAUCAUGCUUCUACUAGUUGGCUCUUUAAUAAACAAGCUUUCAAUUGACGUAAAUACUUCUUUGGGCAAAUGAACACGCGAUAAACGACAGCGCGUUCAAAUCGUCCGUUUUUGACGUCUUGCAAGUCAAACGCUGUUAAUUUACAUACCGUCGAAGUAAACAAUUUAAUCAAGUAUUUUAAGUAUUUUACCUUUUGAUAAGAAGAUAUAUUCUUGAAUGGAGACUUUUUGGCUUUCUAAGUUUAAAAUUGGUCCAGAAAUCCCGAUAUAUUUGUGAAAUAUCAUCAUAUACAGGUAUUUUGAGAUAUAAUAUCGUUGUCAGUUGCAUGAUAACUUCAGAUCACUGUUCAAUAUUGUACUUUUAAUAGCACUAACAUACAAAGCGAUGAGCUGUUUAGGGAUUAUAUUUGUUACUAAAUUUACCAAAAUAAUUAGAACUACAACUGCUGUUUUCAGAGGUUUUGUUCCAUUUUGUCCAUAUUAUUAAAUUAAUGUACCAGUUAUGUAUCGACUAUAAUGUUUACGAAGAC